AUGAUCAUGAAGCUAAACAAUGAUAUCCAAUGCCAGAUUUGCAACGAAAAAGGUAAUUCAGGAAAAUACUGCCCCAAAUUGAUGGCUCAGCAACAAGCUACGAAUAAUUCCAAGGCCUCAUAUAGAAAUCAAAAUUACAACAACUAUAAUAGUAAAUAUAGAAAGAACAAAAAUUAUAAUAACCAGAACAGAAAUUCAAAUAAUCCUAAUUGGAAACCAAUAAGUUGCGAGUAUUGUAAAAAUCAGCAAAUGAAUCAAUCAAUAGAAAUCAGUGCAAAAGCAAAAGAAUGUGAUUUCAAGGACAUAUUAACAACAAUGAAAGAAACUGGAGAAGAAUUGUCAAAAGCCGAAGAAAAAUUGAUGUUUGAUGGAAAAGAAUAUCAACAUAUAUCAUUUGAUAUUGACUAUAUUCCUGAAGGAGCUCAAUUAGUGGACAAACUGGGCAUAGAGGAGAGUUUAAUUUUAAAUAUAGAAGCAAUCGAUGCAUUUGAGAAAACUAAACAACUCAAGAAGCCUAAUAGGCAGGAAGUAUAA